AUGCUGCGUAAGUCCACACUCACUACAAACCAAUUCACGCGCGAGUCACCGUGCCGGCUUUACUUUUCUCUGGAGCACACGGUGGACAUCGUCGGCAACGACGGUCGAACUGCCGUGUGUGUGUCUGUGGUUUGAUUAGACGUCCGAGUCCAAUUUCGGUUGUCUUACCUUGUCUUCCCAUCGGUGCAAGGCGGGUGAGGAGGAGCGAGCGUGGUAGAUGCUGUAAAGUCAAUUUCACUUUACGUGAAAGUCACCCGUACUGCACACACUCCGUGAGUCAGGCGGUGGGCGUCGUCGUAUGCGAUAGUCUAACUGUCUGUUUGAUCAUUAUAACGGAAAAAUUGCAAUCUACCGUCUGAGCCGAAAAGACUGCAUAUGGCGUAUUUUAACCUCAAAAUCGAAGCAAAUAAAACGCCUCCCUUCAGAUAUCAAGGCCUAAUGUGAUGGCUGCUGAAGAUGCAAAAUAUUAAGAGGCUUAACGAGGUUGAAGAAAGAAGAGGAUACGUAAAUCUAUGUAAAAUGAAGGGCUUAUCUGCGUGCAUCAAAAGGGCCGGCGAUUUCUAAGACAACGCGCUAUUAUUCAACGACGACUCUCUUAACAAAAAAGCUGCAAGUUGUCAAGGGCUGAGUCGGGCAUCGCAGACGCGUCCGUAAUCCGUCAUUCACAAUAACCGAUGAAGCCAGGAGCAGUCUCCCACAACUGUAAUGCAGUCUUCGAUCGUUCGUCCUCCAUGCAAGAUACCAUCAAAUAUGGCAAUGUCCCGGACACUGCCGCAUUUAUGGCUGGACUUUAUAAGUGUGGCGGACAUCAGGUCAUGGACAAACUAUCCUAAUUACUGCGGAGGAGGAGGGGGAGGAGGAGGAGGAGGAGGAGGAGGAGGAGGAGGAGGUGGAAGAGGAGAACGAGGAAGAGGAGGAAGAGGAGGAGGAGGAGGAGGAGGAGGAGGAGGAGGAGGAGGCGAAGAAGGAGACAAGAAUAAAUCCCUUGGGACGUAACGGAUGCAAAUAUCCUCAUUUUGUUCGAACGUAA